AUGAAAUCAGAGAGAUACACGCAGUAUACUUCCCAGCCGCAAACCAUGGCAGCAAAAGUUCCAGAUGGCACAGGAGUCGUUGAUUUGGAUCCGUGGCUCGAGCCGUUCAAGGACGCUCUGAGAAGUAGAUACAAGCGGGCAACCGACUGGAUCCGCAAGAUUGACGAGACAGAGGGCGGGCUGGACAAGUUCAGCAAGAUGCUAAGUCAUGCACAGGGCUACGAGAAGUUUGGUUUCAAUGUUGCGAGUAACGGCGACAUCACCUACAGAGAGUGGGCUCCAAACGCGACCACGGCCCAUCUCAUUGGUGAUUUCAAUAAAUGGGAUCCAACUGCUACACCAUUGAAGAAGAAUGACUUCGGAGUGUGGGAAGGCAUCCUCCCUGCAAAGAACGGAGAGCUUGCCAUACCGCACAACAGCAAGGUCAAAAAGCAUCAGAUUACCAUGACCACACCAUCGGGGGAGCGACUUGACAGAAUACCAGCUUGGACCAAAAGAGUAACUCAGGAUCUCAGUGUCUCUCCAGUGUAUGACAACGUAUUCUGGCAUCCACCCAAGGAGGAGCAGUACCAGUUCAAACACGCUGCCCCUCCAAAGCCAAAGUCGCUUCGUAUCUACGAGGCACAUGUGGGAAUAUCAUCACCCAAGACAGAGGUUGCAACAUAUAAGAAUUUCACUGAGGUCAUGCUUCCUCGUAUCAAAUACCUAGGAUACAAUGCUAUCCAGCUUAUGGCCAUCAUGGAGCAUGCAUACUAUGCAAGCUUCGGAUACCAGGUCAACAACUUCUUUGCAGCGAGUAGUCGCUAUGGCAUUCCAGAAGACCUGAAGGAGUUAAUAGACACAGCUCACAGCAUGGGUAUCGUGGUUCUCCUUGACGUGGUGCACAGCCAUGCAUCCAAGAACGUGCUGGAUGGGCUUAACAUGUUUGAUGGAACGGACCAUCUCUAUUUCCAUUCAGGUGGAAAGGGUAACCAUGACCUAUGGGAUAGUCGUCUCUUCAACUAUGGAAAUCAUGAGGUGCUCAGAUUCCUUCUCAGUAACCUGAGAUUCUGGAUGGAAGAAUAUCGUUUUGACGGCUUCCGCUUCGAUGGGGUCACAAGCAUGCUGUACAUUCAUCAUGGAAUCGGAACUGGAUUUUCCGGUGGAUAUCAUGAGUACUUUGGUUCGUCUGUUGACGAUGAAGGUGUUGCAUAUCUGGCUCUGGCAAACGAAAUGCUGCAUAAACUAUACCCCAACUGCAUCACAGUUGCAGAAGAUGUUUCUGGAAUGCCUGCAUUGUGUUUACCUUUGGCCCUAGGGGGCGUAGGAUUCGACUAUCGUCUAGCCAUGGCUGUCCCUGACAUGUACAUCAAGCUGCUCAAGGAGAAGAAGGAUGAAGAGUGGGACAUGGCAAACAUAGCAUUCACCCUCACCAACCGCAGACAUGGCGAGAAAGCGAUUGCAUAUGCCGAGAGCCAUGAUCAAGCGCUUGUCGGUGACAAGACGCUGAUGAUGUGGCUUUGCGACAAGGAGAUGUACACAAACAUGUCUGUGUUGACGGAACUCACUCCCCUCAUUGAGCGUGGCAUGAGUCUACAUAAGAUGAUCCGCCUGGUCACACACGGACUUGGAGGAGAAGGCUACCUCAACUUCGAGGGCAAUGAGUUCGGUCACCCCGAAUGGCUCGAUUUCCCCCGUCAAGGCAAUAAUAACAGCUUCUGGUAUGCCAGAAGGCAGCUGAAUCUCACUGAGGAUCAUCUCCUCCGAUACAAGUUCUUGAACGAGUUCGACAGAAAAAUGCAGCUGACCGAGGAGAAAUACGGGUGGCUCCAGUCACCGCAGGCCUACAUCAGCCUCAAGAAUGAACAGGACAAGGUCUUGGUAUUUGAACGCGCCGGAUUGCUCUGGGUGUUCAACUUCCAUCCGACCAACAGUUUUACAGCCUACCGUGUCGGAGUAGAGCAGGCAGGAACGUACCGGAUUGUCAUUGACACUGACGACAGCGAUUUUGGAGGAUUCGACCGCAACGCCAAAGGAACAAGGUUCUUCACCACAGAUCUGGAGUGGAAUGGGCGCAAAAACUAUACAGAAUUGUAUCUGCCCACGAGAACGGCCCUGGUGAGUUCCAAGUUCAGCCCUUUUGAUCCAGGAUGA